UGACAAAAUGGAACCCACCAGCAGUGUGAGGAGACCUGAAAGUGGCACAUGGCAGAGUGUGGCGAUGGAGACAGCAGCAAUGGGAGGCCGUACAGGGACCCAUGACACACUCUGGACCUGGCAGCAGCAUGAGGAGUCGGUACGGGGGCCCAUGGCAGAUUACGGGCCUGGCAGCAGCAAUGGGAGGCCCGUAAUCUGCCAGCACCCUAUGACAAAAUGGAACCUACCAGCAGUGUGAGGAGACCUGAAAGUGGCACAUGGCAGAGUGUGGUGAUGGAGACAGCAGCAAUGGGAGGCCGUACAGGGACCCAUGACACACUCUGGACCUGGCAGCAGCAUGA